UGUUCGUGUUCUCUGUUCUGCUCCGCUAUAGAGCAGCUAUAGAUGGACCCCUCGUAGAUGCCCAGAGCCGGCGCUCCUACUGCCACAACCGACGACUGUGUUUGUCUGUGUCUCCGUGUGUGUGUGCAUGUGCCUGAGUGUGCUUCUGUUGUGAGUGUAUGGAUGUACAUUCAUCUAGGACAACCGACCACGGUGCUGUUCUUGGCUGCUGCGACUACCCAACCCAGCCCAAGCGACGCUGCUCUCCGCCCUACAGCAGCAGCCUGUGUCAGCCUCUUCGAGCCUCUGCCUCUCCUGCUGUACGGAACAGAGCGAGAGCAUCGACGUGCAGGGGACUAUUACAGGAUCCCAGGCAGCUGCCGGAUCAGGCACCACCACCAAAACGGCCGAAAACAAACGAAGGCAAGCUCUGCUGGCGCUGGUGUUGCUGCCAUCGCGCUGCCCCUGUAGCGCCUACCACUUCAGUUGCAACUACAACCAUUAUUACUACUAAAACCGCAAUUACGUUUGCCAUUAUUGCUUUUUACUGCUAUCAAUUGUAGCUUUACAUGUCCUGAAGGCCAACACGAAGGCCGGUUAGUUUCUUCUGGAAGAAGAAAAAUGCGCUCGAGGCGUGCAACGCCGCGCUAGACGCCAUUCGCCAUUUACAUGCAAAUACGGUGCGUGGACAUCAACUACAGCACCUACUGAUGUUUGCUCACUAGUGUUCACCGCAGCGAAGUAUCAACGGCAAUUCCACCUCUUAAGUUCGUUGAGUGACCAGAGGGGUACGCGGUCCGACAGUGAUUCGGUAAUAAAACGAUAAUUGGCGACAAUUACAACAGAAACAAGGUGGUGUGAGGCACAUAUAAUAUAUAUAUAUAUAUAUAUAUAUAUAUAUAUAUAUGUGUAUGUAUAUAUAUGAGUGUGUCGGUGUGUCUGUGUGUGCGCUGUUCCUCACAAAAGGGAGGUGCUGCUGCUGCCUUGAGAGUCGCGAUGACGACGAAAAUGUGGCAAUAAUAACGUGGAAAAAUACAUCCGAGUAUGUUACAGUCGUAGCAAACGAAAUCAUUGUUCGCCGUGGUAUGAGUUGAUCUAAUAUCUGAGUACAUGAAGCAGCGGAAGGGUGUUAGCUAGAACGUUAGACGAGCUGUUUUCAUCCGGGUUUGUGCACUUGCCCAUAACCCCUCUGGAUUAAAGCUAUUACACCAUUCAGUGUGAGUGUUAGAUAGGUAUAUAUGCACGGUACAUCUUCCAUAUUAGCUGGUUGUGCUGCUACCCCACAAUUUUGAAGGUUAAAGGCUGUAGGAUCAUACUGGCAAGGAAAGAAUAAAGUGCAGUGACACUCGCUUACUGUCUGAAGUCACUUUGUACAAACAAGCAGCGUCGAUCUUUGAACACGCAGCGGACAGCCAGGCAGCUGUGGAGGUUCGAGCUUAAACGAGUUAGCAGAGGCAUCAUUAGCGCGCCGACAGGUUCGGCGCGCGGCAGCACGGCACAUGAGCCAAAGUCACGACGUUCACGAUGGAAGAGCUCGCUAGCGCCUCCCAGGUGAUGCUACAGUUGUGUCAGCCGGGAGGCCCACUGUCUCUAGGAGGUGCUGGAUCGGCUGGUGCUUUGGGAGGCCUAGCGGUGGGAGUCGGAGGCUUAGUCUCGUCCACAGGACCGAAUGGCUCGCCCUCAGCAUCUGCCGGCUGUCCGCUAAAUGCUGCAAGUCCUGGCGCAACCAGCGGUAAUGGCUCGCCAGGAGAACCUCUAGGCAGCCCCCUUGUGGUUCGAAGGCGCCGCCAGUGGCGUGAGAGCGAGACAAUGCUGUUUAUCCGAUCGUGGGAGAGACAUCACGAGGCACUUAAGAGCCAUCGUCGGAAUGCGCACAUCUACGAGAAGAUGAGAGAUGAACUGUCUGCUAACGGUCUAUCUGUCACCACGCAGCAAAUUCGUGUUAAAAUUGACAAUCUCACACAGGCAUAUAGGCGAACGAUGCGCGGUGCCCCUUUACGUGGAGGUGAUAUUCGUUGGUUCCAGUACAUGCAUCGCUUUCUUGGAGAUAACUUCGUGUAUCAGAGUGACUCAUCCGACGAACCAGUUGCUCUCGUAUGUCCAAAACGGUCCAGUUCUGCCAUAGUUUCAUCGCAGUCUAGUGGAAGUACUGGUCCUCAGUUGACGGGGGCAGCGGGAGCCGCAGACCUGCCUGACCCGCUCGGGCCCACCGCUGCUGGACGUGAUGCCGAAAUCUCCAGCUCACUUAAGCCUCCUCGUAUCACCGGUAGCGAGCCCUCAUCAGAAGUAACCUCAUCAUAUGUUGAUGAAGAGCGAAACUGCUCGACUACGCCGUUGUCAAGCUGUAGCUCAGGCUCCGCCGUCUUGCAGGCUCUUCAAACAUCAUUAGCAGUGCAUGCGUCAGUGACCGCAGCGAGUCCUGAGACUACCACACCGACGCCCGCCUCUUCCAGUUUAAACAGCAACUGCGGCAUUGGAAAAGAAAGCAUCAAUAUCGAUAAUGACGCUUUUCCAUGCAAAGAAAGCAACAUCGACGGCAGCAGCAGUAAUAAUAAUAAUAAUAAAAAUAAUGAUAACGGUAUAAAUGGCAACACCAGCGCACCAACCAUUAACAACCACAUCGACAACCUCAUCCAGGGCGCUAAGGAAACGGAGCAACGUGGAGGUGAUCUUGAUACCGAAGAGGAAAUGGCAGAGGAUACCAAACGUCCUUUAGCUGUCCUUCCCCCAAUACCUCCUGCUCUGCCGGGGUUGCACAAUCUUCCAUUGUCACUCUCGCUAGACCCGGUCGUUGUGUCUGCCAAGAAGUUUCUCCGAUUAAACUCAGCUGCUUCAUCAGCCAAUUCUGGGAGUUUGGCUAACGGAUCAGCGAUUCAUUCAGAUUCAAUAAGGAGACCUGGCACAUGUGGAAACGUAGUUAGAAAGAAGUGUUGCCACCAUCCAGAUGUUCUUUCGCGUAAGCUUGUCUCAUCAGUAGAACGAAUGCUACAGGCCCAACUAUUGGUAGCUCAGCAAGCUUUAGUGUCUCAACAACAACUACAACAGGCUAUUUUAGGUCAGCAGCAAUUGAUGCAAUGUCUCGUAGCACUUCAGGAUUCAAGCAAUCAUCGGCAGCAGCAGCAGCAACAGCAACAACAGCGUGACAACACCUCGUAGAUUUCAGCAUAUUUUCUGCAAGCGAAGGUCUUCAAUCAGAUGCCUCGAAAUGACAACAGCUUGUAGCGUAAGACGACAAGAAAAGUUGACACCAUUGAAUAGCAAAACAGCGGCAGCCGUGAGGCCUCGCAUCCGUGUUCUUCAGAGAGAAGAUGAAGCCGCUAUCAAAAGCCUUGCUCUAGUGUUACGUACAACCUAAGAAGUCCUACAACGAGCUAUAUAUAUAUAUAUAUAUAUAUAUAUAUAUAUAUACCUAGUUAUCUAAUGCAACAAGACAUCACUGGAGAUUACACUCGCUAUUACUCAAGAACUUUUAUGAAACAAGUAACAAGUUGCUACUCAUUUUAAAGCCAAUACCGGUAACAUAAGAGAGUCAGAGCUACUAAUUAAUCAUUUCAGACUUUGCAGUGUAAAGUGUACUAGGCGAACUCGAACGUGGUCUUCAUUCCAGUACGCACCUACGAAUUUCGACCACUGCGGAAGUCAAUUCUUUUCUCGAUAAACUCGAGGUGUGGCGUAUUAUGUGUUUAGGGCAUUGACCGCAAAUGCAAAGUGCGGUCCAGUACAUACAGCAUAUUCUCGAAGCCUUUUCUUAGAGGAUGUGUUAUCUAUUAACUUGCAGCGAAGGAUGCACAGGGUACUGGUGAUGGCUUUCGUAGCAGAUCACUAGGGCCAACUAAUCUGCGAUAUGCAUAUGAAGACAUACAAACCAAAAGUUUUAGUACACUGCUGAAUCACACUUAUCUAGAUGCUGGUGUCGGCUGCAGAAGGCGUUCGCCCCUGAAUUUUGCUAGGUGGUCGCUACUUAUUUUCGAACCCACAUAGUAUCGGACGUGGUAUUAUACAGCCUUCGAUAAACGAAUUGAUGCUGCCUAGUAGUGGUGUUUUUUUACCCUUCUUUCCAUUUAUUUUUUUAAUACAAAAGGAAACUAAACAUCGUUGUGUGCGACAUUUUUGUACCGGGGUGCAGGACCGUUUGCCGGAGUUAACGGUUUCCGCCAGGCAAUCAUCGAUAGUAACACCUAGAAGUAGAGGAAUAUUUUGCUUAGGUUGUAUCUGCUAGUAGCAAAUACUUCAGCGAGACGACACCUCCACCAAGAAAAAAGCGUUUUACCCGAAAUAUGCAGAUUGACUAUGCCUCUCUUUAUUCAAUAAAUUGCUCAUAGAAAAUAGUAUUAGUAACAAUAAUAAUGAUGAUUACUACAUAGAAUGGACCUUGUGAGGUAGACGAAUAUACAGAUAAGUAACGUUAGUGUAUUAUAUUAUGGGAAAAGUAUAUAUAUUAUUAUUACCUGAGAUUAUACUAAAGAGUCUAAAGAAUGAUUACAAAGUGGUGAUAACUAGAUGAUACUCUUAUAUACGUAAUAGUACCAGAUAUGAAUAUUACGAACGUGAGCUACCCUAAAAGAAUGAAUGAGUACAUGUUCAAAAUAAGAUAAAUCACACACACGCUCACUCACUUCUCACAGCUGCACAGGCAACAGAUGCCGUCACUAUUCGCUCACUAAAUGCACGCAGAUGUGCGGACCGGUUUGCCGUGUCCACUCAACAGCAACCGGUUCGAUCGUUCUUUUUUCUUCUCGAUCUUCGUUUGCGUAGUAUAAAUAACAAUUCCGAUUUAAAUUUCCGACACGCGUGAUAUGGCAGAGAACUUCUUGCUCUCUACAAUAUUAACCCUAUUCAUCGAAAUCUAGUCGUCGUGCAAUUAACUACUCUUCUAAAUUUUUGAAGAGGUGUAAAAACGUAGUUUUGAAUUUUAUCGUAAGGGUCACUAGGACGUUUCGAGAAUUUCAAAAUUCAGGCACAUUGUCGAGCGUUACUGACGUCAUUGACUUAAUUCAUAAGUGAAGAUAGUACUGUGCUUUCUGAUGGAAGGUCCUAAAGGUUAAAGCUUGUACUCACUGCUGCACAAUUUAUUAAUGAGCGGACUUUUAUUUUAAUUGUAUGCGCAGCAAGAAUGGCUGAAGCACGAUAUAUCUCAUUUUAGUGUAUAAUAAUAAUCCUAAAUCUUAUAAAGGAAAGGAGCCUCUGAUCUUUUACUCACAUUUGACAUGCGUUGUACUAAUCCUGGAAGAGUACCUUUAGUUAAAUUUUUCUCUGCGUAAACUGAUGCAACGUAUUGGCGAAAAUAACAGCAAAUUAAUGGUCUCAUUUUCUUUUUAUUUUUGAUUUAUAUUCAUUUCGACAUGUAUCAAUAGGGGAAAUAGGCUUUACAUGGAAGAUGUCGGUUACUAUAAAAUCAUGUAAAUUAGCUACCAUGUAAAAGUAGCACCUGCCACCAACGACAAAAUUAGUACACUUUAUUAUAUCAUUCUAAAUUAUAACGCGAUAAUUAGAGAAAGUUGAACAAACUGUCAAAAAACACAACUUACUGAGCCAAUUAUUCUACAUAAGCAACACCGCCAAACAGUGAGAAAAAAUAUAUACAUAUAUAUAUAUAUAUAUAUAUAUAUAUAUAUAUAUAUAUAUAUAUUACAAACAGCCCAAGUGCUCUAUAUAUAGGCGUAAAGCUUUAAGAAGAUUAUACGAAUACUACCGUCAAGACAAUAGGUGAAGCGUGAAUAUAUUGGGUUGUCGAAAGAAUAUUCAUUAUUUUCAAGUCAAAAUGGAAGCAAUUACUUUAAACUGACAUUACUAAGCUAAGCAUGCGCUAUGCAUUUUGAUUGAUGACCUUUUACGGUGUUUCUGGUAGCACCAUGAUGUCAACACUGUAGAACUUUUGAAUGGAAAAUUGCGAGAGGUUAUUUUUCCGUUCCUAUUUAAACUAAAUUACCACCACUGAGAGAGUUCUGCGGAGAUCGAAAAGAUAAUAAUCUGACCCGGCUGAUGCUCUCUCAAUUUUGCCUGAGUAGCUUACUGUCAUGGAUUUUUUCUAGAUGGCUUCCCUAGUCUUGUUAGUUGUUAAUAAUAGACAACCGAACCAACUGUUCUGUCAGGCGAUAAUACAGCAGUCCUUUUCAAUACUACCGAACAUAUUGCAUCACCUCCUUCCACGUCGAUUUUCGAGCACAUUUUUUAAUACUCCUUACUUGCAUAUUCUUGUCGUAUUUGUAACCGUGCCGUAUUUUUUAGUAUUAUGCCAAUUUAUGCGGCACCCAAAAAUUGAACCUUUUUUGUAGUUAAUACUUUUCGAAUGGUUUGAACUGUUUGGCGAUGGAUGUUUUUACUCAAUUUUUGGAAUAAAUUCACUAAGUUUUUUUCGCAGUUGGCCGACCAGUAGGACGACGUUUCGAAUCGAAAUUCCCAGAACGGAAACGAUAGAGUCCUGUUCAUUCCGUCUGUUUCGAUAACGCCUCUUGACCGUGUACAAUACAUUUUUUUGGGCCUUUUAGCAUUUGUUCCCUUAUCGUAACAAAUUUAGCAGUUUUCUUUUACUGAUCUUCAAGGCGCCUCGUAUCGUGUUUGAACGCCGAUCCAAUGCGACUCAAAUUAUUUAAGAUACGUGAUUUUCAAGCCAUCUAACUAGAAAAAAAACGGCCACUUUUGUGCACAUCCAAUAUCAUCGUUCGAGCAACAAUAGAGAUUACUCUCAGACUAAAUGAAAUGCAGAAACGUGUGUGUCAGUCGUGCUUCUUUUGCAACGAAUCAACAAUGACUCCAAGAACUUUCGACCAGUUCCUUUUUCAAACAACUUAGAGAGUAAGAGUAGAAUUUUGACAGGGUCACAAAUUUUGUUAGAAUUACGCAAGAUCAGUGUGCAGUACUAUUUGUCCGCUUGGAAGUUAUGAUCUUCAAGCGAUCACGCAGGCUUUCCAGAGGAAAUUGCAGUAGGCUGUUAACAACGCAUCAUAAGGCCAGUGAUUACUUGAUGAUAAUCGCUGAUUGUAACUAAACGAAUACAGGGUAUCUACUAUACGAUGAAAAUAUAUUUAUGACUAGUAGGGGCUUACAUGCCCCAUCUAUAUAUAUAUAUAUAUAUAUAUAUAUAUAUUUCUGUUAUUCACAUAGAAAGUACAUGAAGGUAAAGAAGAAAGCAUGGUAUAUUUCUAACAUGCGCUUCCUCAGUUGUGAAGAAAAGCAGUGUUCGUACAGUCAUGCUCAUGCCGCAUUCCGUUUUAUCUAUUUGAUUUCCUAGCUUUGUAAAACAACGCUUAAACUGACGAAUCAAUUUCCUUUUUGACCUAGCAAUUUGAAAAUACAAGUGGUGGUAUUUAUUACUGUUAUAGGUGGUGGGUCAUGAUUUUGCAUAGUUGUCGACACUUUUAUGUAACAGAAGCUAUGCUAGCUUCACGGUGAAAUCUUAGAUGAUGAUUCACAAGCGCGAAGUUUCUUUAUAGCGCUCCAUAUGUAUGCUAAUAAUGUAAAGCGCCCUUAUUUCCCCACCGGUGAUUAUCAGUCGCAAGAAGAUUGUUGAAAUAGCUGGUCAGUCGUUGGCUGAUCGCGGGAACAUGUGAAUUUCUUUUCCGUCGAAUCUGGGCUGUUCAGUUUUGGAACAGGCGUUGUUGCUUAUUGUCAUCUCCGCUACUUCCCAAAGCAAGUAACUUACAUAAAAGCGCUUUAACUUGUUGCGGAUAAUCCGAGACACAUUCAGCCAAUGUGCAUUACUGAUAUAUGACGAUAUAUCACCAAUAAUAUUUUCAUUCGUAACUUCUGGUGAUGCUAAUCUACAGAUGACAGAGAUUGACAAGUGAUAGAAUCACGGCAGGAAGCGGAGAUACAACAAAGCUAAGAUAACCAAGGAAAGUUAGACUCGUUUGGUUACGGUUUUGACGAGGCGUUGACGGCCUACACCAGUCGUCGUGACGAGUAAGUCGUAACUGACUUUACAGGGUAUUCCUUAAACAAGCAUAUAUAUAUAUAUAUAUAUAUAUAUAUAUAUAUAUACAGGGUAUCUUCUCUUUAGGUAAUGUGAGAAUAUGCUAUUAUUCAUAGUGGUCAGCUAUUCCGAUUAUGUGGGAUACAAUUUAUCAUCCCCAUUGAGUACUAAUAUAUAAUAUUGACGAUAGAGAUUUUAUCGUUAGAUAUUCCACAUAGACAGAUGCGCUAAACCAAACUUGGUACAUAUAAAAGCAAUUAACUGGAUAUUCAACUGCGAACAGUAUAUAAUAUAACGAUACUCAUUACGACACUAACAAUAUAUACAUCUAAAAAAUAGAUAAAACAACGGUUCUGACAAAUUGUUAUAUUCCUUUAAGUAUGCUUCGAGCUGAAGUGUUGCCUGUUCUAAAUAGAUCUUCACUUGGAUAGCUCAGACGAGCACUUGACGAUAAUUGACCGUAUGUUAAAUGCAAUCGACAGUAAGAGUAUAUGGUCCCGAACAGUGACAUCACACAACUAGAAGGAGGUAACACGUAAUGCUGAUCCAAGUGCGAACAAAGUGUGCGCUCAAAAAUCGGUCGUUAACAUUAGUUUGUAUCUAGUUCGAUUUACUUUCAAUCCUGCGCGAUCCGUUUGACAAAAUAAUCUCUUUCUCAUGCUCUUAUUACACCUGCUUUGUCGUCCUAGGUUGAACUGAGCUUUUUCGAGGAAGAGAUAUGUACAGAAAGAUCUAAUUAUGAUAAUAGCUGAGCGAUAACUGAUUGUAUGACGCAACGUGCGACCUAGUGGCUAAUUCAUGUAUAAUAGAUUCGAUUUCACGUUUCUUAGUAAUAGGAAAAAGGCAUCGCUUGUUGUUUUUAAAAGCUUAGUUGCACUGUCAGAAAUAAACCUUUGCUAAAAAUGCCGCAAAACCAUAUAGAGAGACUGGCGGUUAUGAACUAAAGUAGACAUGCAGGUCCUUAAAAAAGGUUUGAUUGUUGCGAACUAGCACCUUGCAGUACGCGGCCGCUGCCAGCUACAGGUUUAGCCCAUUUAUGAUAUUUAAGGCAAGACAAGACAAGACAAGACAAGACAAGGCUAUACAAACACACACUUUCACAGGGUAACUAAAUAACUUCGAAUUAAGAGGAAGGUAAUUUUCUCCAAGAGAUACCGUCGCCUCUUCUCGAAUAAUUUUUAUUCUUACAACAAUAAUAAUACUAUUAAUGAAAUUGCCUAUAUAUACAUAUAUAUAUAUAUACAUGCAUACAUGCAUACAUACAUACAUACAUACAUACAUACAUGCAUACAUACAUACAUAUACAUAGCUUCUAGUUAUCAUGGAAGACACAGCAGUACUCAAAAAUAAUAUAUAUAUACACACUGACUUGAUUAUUUAUACUAUGAUAUGAUGACGAUCGGUGACGAAAUGAAGAAAUUACUAAUGAUAUAUAAUAAUAAUAUAUUGACGAAGUCAGCAGAUGCCGUUGCCGAUAAACACGUAAAGAACCAACGAGAUGUAUCGUGGUACAACAAACAGGGUAUUUUACAUUUGCACAGAAAAUAAACUCAUAUAAAUUAAUAAAGGGAUCGAGAGAUGUAGCUCGAAAAAACCUAGUGGUAUGCUGCUAUAAACGACGUGAAGCCCUGGUAAGCGGCCAGAACAGCUAUGCCUUGCAUUUCCCAUAUAAAUGCAAAUCGUUUAUAUCAGUGUGUAUCUUACUUGUCAACUACUACGCUUCCACAAAUCUCUAACGUAUUAGUUUCUUUGCCAUACGAUACAGUUCAAUAUACGAAUACUGCUUAGCUGACUGGAUGUAUUGUACAUCUCCUGACGAAUUUUCAUUAUGUAUCGUGUAAUCUGGUAUGGCGUGCGCCAUACUGACAACAAAAGUGCAAGUUUCCAGCUGAUCUGGCUGAUUAGCAGAAAAAAGAAGAUGAUUCAGCAUAGAGCGACGCAUAACGAAUGUAGAAAAUACAAUUAUGAAAAUGGUAAAAAAGCGAUAAUCCAUCGUUUAAUGCUUAGAUUAUUAUAAAGGUAUAAGGAAAUAAUGCGAGAUGCAAAAAUAAAUUACA